AUGCGUACCUCAGCUGCUAUUGCUGCUGCUAUCCUGGCUGGCUCUGCCACCGCCGCACCUACUCCUAGCCUUCUGAGCAGCAUUCUCGGUCUGAUCACCAAUGAUCUCAACUCGCUCCUCAGCUCUCUUGGUAUCAAGCUGCAGACCAACGCCAACAUUCACGGACCCGUCAUCCCCUUCCACGAUCAAUGCCCCUUCACCUUUGACACCUCGGUCAGCGUCUCCACUAACCUCUUCAACCACGACAUCACCUGGCCUCUUGGUGUCAAUGGCGGCAACUACAUCAACUGGAAGACCUUCAAGGCCAAUGGCGCUAACCUCGGCGGAUGGCUCGAGAAAGAGAAGACCCAUGAUCCUAUCUGGUGGUCUGCAGUCGGUGGCGACAGUGCCCCUGAUGAGUGGACCUUGUGUGAGACUCUCGGUUCUCAAUGUGGUCCUAUUCUCGAGGCCCGCUACCAGAGCUUCUUGAACACCACCACCAUCGACCAGCUCGCCAGCGUGGGUGUCAACGUUCUCCGUAUCCCCACUACUUAUGCUGCUUGGGUCAAGGUUCCUGGCUCCCAGUUGUAUUCGGGUAACCAACAGAAGUGGCUCAAGGCCAUCACCGACUAUGCUGUCCUCAAGUACAACAUGCAUAUCAUUGUUGGUCUCCACUCUCUGCCCGGUGGUGUCAACAACCUUGACAUCGGCGAGGCUCUCCUCCACGACAACUGGUUCUACAACGCCACCAACCUCGACUACAGUUUCCAAGCUAUCGACGGUGUCCUCAACUUCAUCAAGAGCUCCGGCUACCAGAACGCCUUCACUAUCGCUCCUAUCAACGAGGCUUCUGACAACCUGGCUGGCUUCGGAUCUGCUGCAGGUCUCUCUGACAACGCUACCAACUGGAUCAACACUUACGUCAACGGUGUUCUCAAGAAGAUUGCCGCUGUUGACAAGCGCAUCCCUCUCCAGCUCCAGGACUGCUUCAAGGGUGCAUCUUUCUGGGCACCUUUCUACGACGCCAGCACCAACAUUGUUAUGGACUCCCAUGUCUACUACUUUGCUGCCGCCGGCACCUACGCCAACUACGUCAACCCCGCCGUCUGUGGUCAAGCCCAGUACAUUGCCGAAGAGACCAAGUUCCCAGUCUUCAUCGGCGAGUGGAGUCUCCAAGCCAUGUACAACAACACUCUGAACGUCGCCACUCGCAAGACCCUCUUCGAUACACAGCGUUACGCUUGGCAGAAGUAUGUCGCUGGUGGAUCGUUCUGGACUGCUGUUUCUUACUCGACCGCCGCUGUUGAUGGCGAAGGCACCCAGAGAGAUUACUGGUCGUACAUUGAUCUCAUCAACCAGGGUGUCAUCACCAAGCAGACCAACGCCUCGUACUGUUAA